GAAAAAGAAAAAGGAAUCGAAGUGUUGUUCAAAUUUAAAAAAGGAGAGUUGAUCAAAGUCGUACAUGGAAGUGCGAACGAGAAAGCAAAUACACACGAUGGCCGCCCAGUCUCCUCCGAGUCUUCCUAAUGAAACUCCGUAUUCCUUUCAACUUCUCCCCAUUUUCCUCUCUUUCACCAUCUCUCUUAUAACUAUCUCAAUUCUUCAACACAAACUGUUCCCCUAUAGUGCUUUUUCCUGCUAAUUUCAACCCACCCCUUCAAAUUCUCCCAUUUCUCCAACACCCCAUUUCACUUUUACUCUUAAUCUCAAUUGGGUCAUCUUCCUUUUCCAAUUUGCUAUUUGGGUUUUACCCUUAAUCUCAAUUGGGAGCGUUAAUGGAGAACAGCUCUUUUUAUCAGAACAUCAGGGGAGAGCCCACCCAUGGUGGUCAAUACAUUCAAUACAAUGUGUAUGGGAAUCUGUUUGAAGUUUCUAGGAAGUAUACUCCACCCAUCAGGCCAGUUGGGAGAGGAGCUUAUGGAAUUGUGUGUGCUGCUUUGAACUCAGAAACGAAUGAAGAUGUUGCAAUUAAGAAGGUUGGCAAGGCAUUUGACAAUAGAAUUGAUGCUAAAAGGACCUUACGAGAAAUCAAGCUUCUUCGACACAUGGAUCAUGAAAAUAUUAUUGCUCUCAGAGAUAUUAUAAGACCUCCUCAGAGGGAGAAUUUCAAUGAUGUAUACCUUGUUUAUGAAUUGAUGGACACAGAUCUAAAUCAGAUUAUACGGUCCAACCAAUCAUUGACUGAUGACCAUUGCCGGUACUUUCUGUAUCAGUUGUUACGAGGGCUAAAAUAUGUGCAUUCUGCUAAUGUUCUACACCGUGAUUUGAAACCAAGCAACUUGUUCCUCAAUGCAAAUUGUGACUUAAAAAUAGGAGACUUUGGCCUUGCAAGGACAACUUCUGAAACUGAUUUUAUGACCGAGUAUGUUGUUACUCGGUGGUACCGUGCACCCGAAUUGCUCCUUAAUUGUUCAGAAUACACUGGAGCAAUAGAUAUUUGGUCUGUUGGCUGUAUACUUGGCGAAAUUAUGCACAGACAACCAUUGUUUCCAGGAAAAGACUAUGUUCAUCAGCUAAAACUUAUCACUGAGCUCAUUGGGUCACCAGAUGAAUUGAGUCUUGGAUUCUUACGAAGUGACAAUCCAAAAAGAUAUUUUAGACAUCUUCCUCACUUCCCCAAGCAACAGUUUUCCUCUAAAUUUCCCACCAUGUCUCCUGCUGCUAUUGACUUGCUUGAGAAGAUGCUAGUCUUUGAUCCUACUAAGCGCAUUACAGUUGAUGAGGCGUUGUCCCAUCCAUAUUUAGCACCUCUUCAUGAUAUCAACGAGGAGCCAGUAUGUCCAAGGCCUUUCAGUUUUGAUUUCGAGCAACCAACGUACACCGAAGAAAACAUCAAGGAACUCGUAUGGAGGGAAUCCUUGGCGUUCAACCCCGAUCCCGCUUUUUGAGGAUCAUGUGUCUGUUGUUGUAUUCCUUUAACUGAUGAAGGACAAGAUCCAUGAAGUGUUUCCCAGAAACCAACUUGGUGUAAAUGUCUGUAGUCUGUAACAAAAUAUUGGGCGAUUUCGGCUGUCCAUUCUUUUCCCAUUUUCUUUCUUUUGUCGCAUUGUUUUGGGAUGUAAAAUAGACAAGUGAAUCAGUCUUUGGACAUUCUUGAAAGCUCUCUUGAUUAGUGCAGUUAUCAUA